AUGUUGGCGUUGGCCCUCCUCGCCCUAUUCUGUGUGUCAGCUGAGUCUGUUUAGCCACGGUUAUCCUCCUACAAUGGGUAUGGAGGAGGGGGAGAAGAAUGCCUCUCCUACUCAGGCAACCAGCUAAAUGGCCCUAUCACUGCCAUCCAAAUCCGGGUCAACGGUAACUACAUUGUGGGUGGAGCCAACUAUGCUGGGGGUACCCGAGGUGACCUGGAAGAGAUUUUCCUUUACCCAGGAGAGUCAAUCAUCCAAGUGUCUGGCAAAUAUAAGUAUUAUGUUCGGAAGCUGGUGACAGACAAGGGCCACUACCUGCCUUUUGGCAAGGACACAGGCACCAGCUUCAAUGCUGCCCCACUGUACCCCAACACUGUUCUUCGAUUCAUCAGUGGCCGCACUAGCUCCAUCAAUGCUAUUGGCCUACACUGGGAUGUUUACCCCAGUGACUGUGACAGCUGCUAA